AUGGACCAGUUGCUUGAUGAAGAAUCUGGAGAUGGGUUUGAUAGUAUGAUCAAAAUCGCAUCUGGGCUAACUGAGUUGGCUUGCGGGGAAGGUGGUGAUGGACGAAUUUUGGAUGGUGAAGAGGCAAUGAAGGUGGUGGCAACUGACAAUGGGGAGUUUAUAGAGGGCGGAGGAAGUUUCAUACUCAUUUUCCAGAAUUCAUCGCCAUGUUCUCUGAUCUCUCCUUCAUCUACAUUCACUUCAUUUUCUUUCCCGUCUCUCUCACCUUCUUAUUCACCCCAGCUCUUAGCCUCUCUCUCAGCUAUAGUUUCAGACACUCACGACGAUGAUAAGCCGAGACUGUCCAACAGUGUGAUGGUGCCAUUGCCACCCCAUAGGCUGUCUGGAAAUCUUUCAGAUGAGGAGAGAGAGUUCUGGGAGCAGCCUGAUGGAGAAGGGUACAGGCCAUGCUUGAACUUUAGCCUUGAGUAUCGAAAAGCAUCGGUCAGGAUUUCAAAGGAGAAGAGGAGGUUCUUGGUCGUGGUGGUUUCAGGAGGACUAAACCAGCAGAGAAAUCAGAUUGUUGAUGCAGUUGUUAUAGCCAGAAUUCUUGGAGCCGCAUUGGUUGUUCCAGUUUUGCAGGUUAAUCCCAUUUGGGGAGAUGAAAGUGAAUUUUCAGACAUUUUUGAUGUUGAACAUUUCAAGAAGACUUUACAAGCUGACGUUCGACUCGUAUCAAGUCUUCCAUCCACACAUUUGGUUUCAAGACAGUCAAUUGAAACUCAAAUUCCUUUCCAUGUCCCUCCGCUUUGGAUUCGUGCCAGAUUUUUCAAAGAACUGAAUGAAGAAGGUCUUCUUGUACUGAAAGGGCUAGAUUCUAAGCUCUCCAAGAAUCUGCCCACUGAUCUUCAGAAGCUUCGAUGCAAGGUAGCUUUCCAUGCACUAAGAUUUGCAGCUCCAAUUCGGGAGCUUGGGAACCGGCUUGCUCGCAGAAUGUGGAUUGAAGGUCCAUAUAUUGCCAUUCAUCUCAGGCUAGAAAAGGAUGUGUGGAUCAGAAGUGGAUGUCUUACUGGUUUAGGCCCAGAAUAUGAUGACAUCAUCAACAGUGAUCGGGAAUCUCGCCCUGAAUUCCUCACUGGAAGGUUGAACAUGAGCUAUGCUCAGCGAAGGCUCAUGGGAUUAUGUCCUCUUAAUGCAUUAGAAGUGGCAAGACUCCUCAAGGCUUUGGGUGCACCAAAAACUGCACGAAUUUAUAUUGCGGGAGGAGAACCAUUUGGGGGCAGACUGGCCUUGCAGCCUCUUGUGGAAGAGUUUCCAAAUGUUAUGACAAAGAACUUGUUGGCAAGAGAUGGUGAGCUUACACCAUACAUCAACAGAUCAUCUGCUUUAGCAGCAGCAGACUACAUCGUCUCACUGAGCAGCGAUGUCUUUCUACCUUCCCAUGGUGGUAACAUGGGCCGAGCUAUGCAGGGCCACCGUGCAUAUGUGGGACAUAGGAAAUAUAUAAAGCCCAAUAAGCGCAUGAUGCUUCCUUUCUUUGAAGAAGCAUCCAUUUCUAAUGCAAAAUUCAGCAGCAUCAUGAGAAACCUGCACAGAAAAUCUCGGGGCCAUCCCGAGCUGAGGACUGACAGGAGAGAUCGAGAUGUGUUAGCUUACCCGGUGCCUGAAUGCAUGUGUAAGCACUGA